ACGAGAUUCCCCAUACGUGUCCCAAGUGAAUACCUCCGUGAGCUUCGAAGAUACGAGGCAAGACGGAAGGGUGAGGAUUGAUAGUUGAGGAUUUUCAUUCGUCUUCGACACAUCCUUUGUGACAAUUUAUUGCCAUUGUUGGGCCAUUGCAUACCAGACGGUUGGAAGUGAAGUCGUUUCAGAUCGAACGGAAAUCAUGUAUCAGCCCAUGCAAAGUGUGGUUAAUACUGCCGAGACUUCGAUUUUCACCACGAACCAUUCUGGUGGCUUGAACGAUGAUCGCCAAGGGUUGAUUUCAUGUUGCUUGCGCAAGAAGAUCCCCGAGGAAAGUUGGGGAUUCAGACUCCAAGGAGGCAAAGAUCGAGGCCUGCCGUUCCAAAUCGUCAAGGUCCCUUUAAACAGUGUCGCAGGCUUGGGUGGAUGUCGUUCUAACGAUUACUUGGUGCAGAUAAACGGACGAAGCGUUUUCGAACUGACACAUAACGAGGCCAAAAAUAUCAUCAUGAAUUCAGGCGAAGCUUUGGACCUUGUGAUUGAAAGGGGUGAAAACAUUGUUCCUUCCAUGAGUCACAUGUUUCCGGGAGGGAAAAAGGAAUCAAAUCCAGAAGAGGCUCCAUUACCAAAAAACAAGCCAUAUUAUCAGAAACAUCUAGAGGAAACUGGCGAGUUACCUGGACAACAUAACAAAGGCUUUACCACAAUUGGCAAGCCCAAGAUGACCACCAAACAAUACAUGUCGCCCUUGGAAAUGUACGGAGAGGAAGCGCUGGAAGAGAUCAUGGAGCAAGGAACCAUCUUUGGCAAAGAGAUCAACGUUCUGAAUCCAUGGAAUAUGACCGGGCAAGACCUGGAUUUGAACAAGUCCUCCGUCUUGAACUCGAUUCGCGGCGCGGAAAAGCCACUUAAAGAUACUCCUAAGCCAGUCAUUGCAUCAACAUAAUUUAUCGAACGGAUCCAAGAGCUCCCCAUUGCAUUAUGCAAACACAAAAAUCAAUCAUCCACUAAUCAUCAUGUUUGAAUAAAACAUCAGAAAAGUAAA